UUCUUCUCCUACUUCAAUAAACAUCAAACUUUUGUUACCGACCACAGUAGUAAGCGGCCGUCCUUGUUGUACAAACGGUUUGUUGUACAUAUUUUGUAUCAGUUGAUCAGUGCAGUUCUUGGGAGAGUAAAGAAACACAUCGCCUAUUGAGACGAUCAGUGUUUACAAUGCGGUGUUCUGUAAUGUUUUGGAUGUGUGCUUUUGAUUUACGGUGGUGGUGAUUAUUCCGAAACAAAAUGCUGGGAUAUAUUUUUUUAUUAGUUACUUCAAUAAUGAUUUGUUCUACCAUACCACAACAUGGUAUCGCAAAUAUAAAGAAUGGGCGUUUGAGAAGGAGCAACCAGGACUGUAAAAGCCACAACCACGGAUAUAAUCACGGGCACCGCCACAAUCAAGGUGAUAGAAUGUACCCCACUUGGCCAUUCCAAACAAGGUCUGAACGAUCACCACUUGAUUUGCAUUCAAAUAAACCCAUAGCAACUAGCCAAUAUCGCAAAUUAGCACCAUUGUCUUUCAAUAUAACUUUAGUGCCAGUUUCAUCAUUGAAAAACAACACGAGGAAAAUAACACCAGUUGCAGAUCCAGUUCCGGUGCUGAAACAUGUGCAACACGUUGGAACUGAGUCAAACGCUGAUUCUGAUAAGGAUAGUAGAAAUAUAAUCAAUCUCAGUAUAAUUCGAGAGAUAUUUUUCAUCAAUAUCACUGAAAAUGAGAAACCCGAAAAUAAUUCCAAGAUGGCAUUCCCAAAUGAUGACAAAUUUCAUCACAGUCGCAAGAUCAAUUCCAGAAACUGUACAUUUGGAUUGUGUGAGGUCGUAGAUGAUUACCCCGAGGAGCAAGUUAAUAGACUAGUCAGCCGAUCAAAGGAGCUGAAACAGUACUUCAAACAUAUAGAAAUAACUCAUUUUGACAACCGUUUUGGUGAUGGAGAUCAAUUAUGUUCAACGAUAAGUCAUACAGUUUUUCCAAAAAGUGCAACGAACACCAAAAAUGUUGAAAUGUUUUUGGUUAAUGUUGGGGAAUUUAAGCAAGGUGUUGUUUUCGAAACAUGUGCUAGAGAAGGGGGAUCAUGUAGUUUCUCAGACAUAUUUCCAAUGGGAUAUUCUACAACUUGUUCUCAAAAGUAUACCGUUAGGCGGUUAAUGGCUGUCGAAAAGGAAUCGGAUAGUCCCGUAUUUGAUAAUUUUCAACUUCCUUCUUGCUGUGUAUGCACUGUGAAGAAAAAUAUACCAACUUGAUGCUCAUUUCAUUGUGGAUGUUGAUGUUGGAAAGGAAGCGGUCGCACUUCCCGAAUAAUUAUAUUACAAAUAUUGUGGGCAUACCACGAUAUUCAAUUUCAAGACUGUAUCGAUUAGACGAAUACUUUAGAAUAUUAGACUGUACAAAAUUAAAAAAAAAAAAAAUGAUUACUCAAAUUGUAUAUAUAGUGUUAAUUGUAUGAAAGGUUCAAGAAUAUAAAUAUUUUCAUGAUUGA